UUCGUACCGAACAGUUGGAAACCGUGUUUGGCGAAAAAGUAGGAAGCUACCACCCUUAGUUUUGGUUAGUUAGUUGAAAUUGGUUAUUAGUGACGGAUACACACCCCCGCCGCGAAACACUUUUUCCCGGUCUUUUUUCACGUCGUCGGACGGAAGGUUUCGCGAGGUGUUUCGCCUGUUUUUUUCGGUUUGUUCCUCGCUCUCGUUUGGAUUAGUAGAAACGACGAAACGCGGCUAGUUGGAAUUGAUUUGUUUUUUUUUCUGGCUCGGUUCGAUGUUACAGAGGCCGAAAAAACAAGGAAGUAACUGAAUCGGCGGAGGAGAUAGACAAGUAACAACUCAGUCAAGCGACUUGGUUUCUUCUAUUGUGUGUUGUUUAUUGAUUUUGUCGCUGCUUUAGAACGGUUUGAGAUUUUUGAUGAAAGGCAAUUGGCUGGAAUCGAAAGGGGUCGGUAAACUGCUGAACCCUGCGUGUGUUCUCCGGUGAGCUAAUGUGUGAAUAUAAAUAGAUUCUGUUUCGCGUGAUAUUUGCGCGAGUGGGCGAGAAUCUAGUUUGAGCUGCAUGUAAGUUGCAAGAAGAAAAAAAAAUCGAUUUUAGAUCGGACGAAACCGUGAGUUGCAGUGACGGAGGUCAGUUAGUCGGACUGUAGGGGGCAAUGAAUUGAAUGUUGUAUUUACUUUGUGUGUCACAAGUGGAAGCUGAAAAUAGAAAGCUUGCCUAUUUCCGGACAGAGUGCAAUUGCUUCCUUUCGCCUGUCGCGUACAAGCUACGAGCUAUGGCUAGAGAAGCCGACCUGGCGUUUUUAUCGGAGUACGGAACGCGUUUGUGUUUGGUUCAGAGUAACAUUUUAAAGGGUAGAUUUAAAUAGGUAAAAACAAAUCCGUGUGCCCUGCUGGACUAAUUAGAUGGAGUGAAAAAAUCGAUAGAAAUCCCUUGCUUUUUUUCCUCCGCAGUACGCCGAGAGAAAAGAAAACAGGAAACUGCGCAGACUCGGAAAUUGGUUAAAAAUCGGAUCACAAACCGCGCGGCGAAAUACGCCAAUCCCCCCUCUAUAGCCCGAGACAUUUUAGUGAAUGAAUUAUUUUCGGCAGUGGGCUCCUCCAACAAACAAGUAUUCUUACACAACGUGUUGUGCUCGGUCACAUGUGAGCAGGGUAGAACGACAUUUUCUUUCUUCUUGUUUGUCCGCCGCUGUCACACGUUUCCUCGUCCACUCAGGCAGGCAGCCGAAAUCUACCCGCGCUAGGGAGCUUGUAUGAGUGUGCGGAACCUAUCCCGUGUAAACAAAGGCAAAUCCGAAGGAAGCAAAAUCAAACAGAUUAGAUAUUCAUGUCUAUCAUUGCUGCUGCUGUUGGCUCAGGCUCCGGUAGUCGGUAGAAAAGAAGCGAAAAAAACGCACACGCUGCCGCCUAACGAGAAGAGGAGUUAGAGGUAGACAAGGAACAUCACAAUCUAUACCACACACAACACAACACACUGUGCAUCGGUCGAGAAUCUCUGAUACCGCUCAGUUGGCUCGGGAACAUUGUGGAGUGCAGAACAACACGGAUGAGACAAGAAACUGACUGACUGGCUGGUCUUGGGAAACAACGACAACAGCUAACCACGUGGUUUGUUGCAAGUGCCUGCUGUGAUUCGAUCCAUCAACGCCUUCUUUGUUCGUCCGUCGCCUACUUUCGUCGGUUGGAGUGCACGAUCGUCGUCGUAGUCGUCGCCGUCGUAGGAGGUGAAUUAAGUCGAUGCAACGGCAGUGACUACAGCGCGCGAAGAAGAGAGUGAAAUUUGACGUGAAAGUGUGUCGUUAUACUGAAGAAAAAAGUAGCGUAUCAAUAGUCGAAACCCGAAAUCACAACAAUAGGCAAAUUGCUUUUGAUGUAACACCACAGAGAGUGUUAAUAUGUACCGAAAACCCGAAGAUAUCGCUGCAGAGCUCUUUUAGAUGAUGUGAUGAUGGUGAUGAUGAUAUAACCAGAGUUGAAUCGAAAAGCCUUGUGGAGGUUGAAAAAUAAGUUAAGCCUGUCUUUCUGGGUGUGAGAAAUAUUAUUAUUGUAUUGUGCCAUUGCGGCACAGUGAAAGUGUUGUGCAUUUAUUGCGUUCAAAUGCGAAAAGUUUAGCAUCACUCGUGAUCAAUCCAGUUUGUCUCCGGGAAUACGAAACUAAGCAGCGUGAAAUGGCUCUGCCAAUGAUUUUAUUAGCCACAGCCGUGGCGGCAAUUGCCCUCGGCUACAUCUUCUUCGUCCGGAUUCGGUUGAGAGAAAAAAGUGACGCAGCCAAUCGAAACGAGAAGAACGCAGACCGAGGAGGCAAGCACAGAGGAGGAGUAGCCGGCAAUCAGAACCGGCCCGUGAACGAAAAUGCAGCAGAACAGCAGCAGGCAACAGCUGCUUCCGGUGGUGGUGGCAGAGCUGGAAGAAAAACUGCUGCCGCCAGUGUCACCACCAACGUCAAGAAGCAGCGAACGGCCGAGGCGAAUUAUCAGCAUCCCUGGCUGUACACGACCCUCAAGGGUCAUACCGGCCAGGUGUUUGAUAUGGAUUUUUCCCGGAACGGAAAAUAUUUGGCAACGUGUGCUGAAGAUUCGCCUUCAGCACGGUUGAGAAGCGGCAAUCAUUUAAUUAAUGGCAAUAUUAAUGGAAAUGAUGUACAGAAUACUACCACCACACGCUCGCUAUCGCCGGCGUCGUCAUCGUCGUCGUCUUCAGCCUUCAGCGGCGUUAGCGACGGUAAAAUACUACUAGUAACCGGCCAGAGUAAUGAUGCUAACUGCGGUACGAACAGUAGCGGAACCAAUAGCAGCAGCAGCAGUAGCAGUAGCAGCACCCGUGGCGAAGAUUCGCCAAAUGCCCAAAACACUGCAAAUAAAAAGCAACGCAAAUACACAAAAAAGAAGCAACAAUACAAGCGUACUAACAAUAAUAAUGGUACCAAUAACUCUCAUCAUAAGUCAUCGGCUACUUUGCAAGUCCCACCAGCAGCAGCGGUCCAAAUGUCCGCCGAGGGCGAUGAUGACAGCACAUUGUUACAAGAGCCCCAUCAUCACAUCACUCACACGCAGUACUUUUACAAUUCGACGUCGUCUCCCCUUACAUCAUCGAAGGUGGCCGCGUCGUCGUCAGAUGGCAGUGUCAAAAAAACACAGCGUGCUUCGAUCGAUUCGACAUCGUCAUCGUCAUCCUCAUCCUCAUCGUUGUUGUCGUCGUCGUCGUCGUCGUCGUCUUCAUCAGUCAAAAAUGGCAAAAACUCGAGUUACCAAGGUCGACAAGAUUUGAGCGGCAGCAGCAACGUUUCUGCUCGUGUCGUGGAGGCGAAUGGUGGCAAAAAGUAUCACCAAGCCAAUGCGACAAGCUCAAAGGCAGAAACGGCGAGUGAAGGUGCAGGAGGAGGAGGAUCUAUUUCGACGACGACGCCGCUGCGCCAGUACGUGAAGCUCAACCUGUGCGAAAACGAGCUGGUCAAGUACCUAAGAAGAUACGUACUCGAUAAGGAUGUGAUGAAACAGCUAGGCUUUCCCGUUGAGUACGGACUGGACACGGAAAAGGCAAUCAUCUUCAAGUUGCCGAAUGACUUUUAUCGCACAGCGGCCACUAGCACUGCUAGUUCGACUGCAAAGAAAUGUCCUCUAGAGAGCAACUUAGCGGUCAGUGCGGACAAAAGUGACGAUAAUGAUAGUGGCCAGGGAAGCGGUACUUCUUCGCCGACCAACGUUGAUGAUAACGAUGCCCUGUUGAUGUAUCGGAUGGCGACACAGCCCGGUGGAUCGACGUCCCUGACGUCACCAUUGAGCGAUGCCCAGCUACAGCCAAGCGAAGAGCGGGAGUGUUGUCGCUGUGGAAAGGGUUUCUUUUUGACUCUCGAUGGGGAGUACUUGACACAAGAACACUGUAUCUAUCACUGGGGUCGCCUAAUCAGCGUGUACAGUGGGUCGGAUUUUAAAAAGAUGUAUUCUUGUUGCAAUGGCGAUUCCGAUGUUAAAGGGUGCACCAUCAAUAAGCUGCACGUUUGGACGGGGCUAUUGUCCGGUUUCAAUGGCCCGUACGAUGGAUUUGUGAAAACCAAACCAUCGCCAAGGAAGCAGAAAAAGUUCCAAAAACUUUUACGGAACAAAUUCUGCUACGACGACAUCAGCAUGGACUUUUCGCUCAUGCUACAGGACGAUCUACUAAUGGACGAUGAUGAAAACGACGGUGUGUUUGCCCUCGAUUGUGAGAUGUCUUACACCGGACGGGGCCUAGAACUGACCAAGGUGACCGUGGUUUCGGCCGACGGUAGCCUCAAGUACGAAAAACUAGUCAAACCGGACAUUGAAAUAGUCGAUUACAAUACUCGCUUUUCGGGAGUUACAGAGGCCGAUUUCGCCGAUCCCGGUAGCUAUGUAACGCUGAAACAAGUACAAAAAGAUCUCCUAAAGUUCAUCUUCGAUGAUACGAUACUAAUCGGGCAUUCCAUCGAUAACGAUCUGAAAGUAUUAAAAAUCAUCCACAAGACUGUGAUCGACACGUCCAUCACGUUUCCGCACAUGAACGGUUUUCCGUUCCGGCAGUCGCUCAAGUCGCUCACGAAAAACAUCCUUAAGCGCGACAUUCAGAUCCAGGGAGGCCAGCAGCCGGGAAGUGCGGUUAUGCAACCGCUCCACAGCUGCACCGAACUCGUGUGCGGUGUCAAUUGCAAUAGUAGUAGUAGUAGUAGUAAUAAUAGUAGUAAUUGUAAAAGCAGUACUAGCAAUAGUAACGAAAAGGGUAGUAGAGGUAGCGGCAAAAUCAGUAACUCAUUCGGCCACUGUUCCCUUGAGGACAGCCGGGCCAGUCUCGAGUUGAUGCUUUGGCGAGUGCGCAAAGAUAAAGCUGUCUAUGACAAUAUCUGGAGUAACAAUUUCAAUUGUUAUCGAGUGCAGAAUAAUUGAGGAGAAAAAAGCUGUGAUUUUUUUUUAAUUUAUUAAUUUUAAAACGUUUUUUUUUCUCUCGUGCGCUACACUCAUACACACAUUUUACCCCCAAAACAACAACAACAACAAACACACAUCACGAGAGCGAAAAUUGCGCUGUAUAUUUUACAACACAAAAUUAUACACUUGAAUAAAAUAAAAAAGAUACUGACUAGUUAGAUCUUACUUUUCUUGUUUCGCACAAACACAUUCGCAAUCAUACUAUUCAUUCAUCUAAGGUACCUCAUACCUCAUUAAAUCUGUGAACCUUCAAUAGUUGCAACACUGCCAGAAAGCUCAUCAUCAUGAUCAUAGCGCGCUCAGCGCGAUUGUUGCCCAACACUUUCCCAAGCUAUUUAACAGUAGAUUGCGCCUACCUCCGACGACCGCAAUUUGUCGGGACAGACGACGAGUCCUCGGGGCAGAUUUGCAUUUUUCAAUCGGGAUUCCAUCUCAAAUGUCUUUAAUCAGCAGAACAAUGGGUAAUAAUUGAUCUGGCCGGCGCGCCAUGAACCGAAUCCGUCCCACAAAACCGCAAUUUUUCAUUCGGCUGUCAAUGCUGAAAGCUCUUAAUCAUCAUCAUCAACAACAACAAUCCUCCACAUCACACCACGCUCGCGCUCAUUGCAUAGGAAAACACUCUAUCUAUUUAGGGAAACAAAUUCAUUCAUCUGCCUUCAAAUUGUUUAUGCGUCAAGUUCAUCUAAUGUCUUGUUCCUAGAAGAUUAGAUUUUUUUUUAAAUUAGUUAACUGACUGUCUGCGAGCCCCUUUCUGCAGAACAAUUUCGUUCGCGAGAGGAAUGAAACCAUCGUCACAGGUCGCUAUCGUUUGCUUUCUUUCGAUACAGACGCACGUAGAAGACAGACCACAACAAAAAUUCGACGACAAACAGAGGCACACACGUAGAGUAGUGUGUUUUUCGAGUAGUAGUUGAAACAAAAAGUAAAAGACUGUGUUUUAUUUACAUAAUACCUAGUUAUUAUUAUUAUUUAGUAACAUUUUACAAACUUCUCAAGAGACGAUGCUCAAAACAGAAUACCACCACGCGUCCCCAUCGCCAAAAACGUUUUAUUUAUAAACAACAGCCACAACACAGACACCCUACAAAAACAACAACAACAAACGAAAGAGAAAAACAAACAGCAGCACAUCCCCCCUCACUGCUACUUAUUCUAGGAGAAGCAAAACUAAGGUAUGGAAAGAUGGGUGCUGCCGGUAGGCCCAAACGCGCAAAACUAUAACACCCGGAAGGGCUAGGGGAUGGAGGAAGACAAAGCAAAAGAACCGUCCACCACCCACAAUUUCGACAUUGAAAUAGAUCAAAACAAUAGAACCAUGCAGCAAAUUUUUCCCCUAGAUUUCUUUCUGCACUCGAGUCCCACUCCUAUGGCCUAGCUAGGCCGUCGUAGUUAUGUAGAGGUUUGUUGUCGGUUUUCUUCGCGCUACCUUUAAAUCAAAAAUGCGUAACGCAUUUUUCCGACUCCAACCGACAAAACCCGCACUCUGCAUCAGCCAGCGCUGGCCAUCAGCAACCUUGAGCGUUUGUUAUUUUAUUUCCUUUGUCUUGAUAGUUGAUUUCGCGCUCCUUCUUCGGAAUGCUGAGCUGAGAGAUCGAGCAGCAUUACUUACAAACAACUUAUAAAAAAAGAAGAUAAAGAGCCGCCAACCCCAAUCCGCAUAAUAUCACAUGUAUAAAUGUAAGCACUCAGGACCUACCGAUAAACGCCAUGGAAGGACAAAACGAGCUACAUAUUUGUAAAGCUCGCCGUUUCUAGAAGUGAAUUUUAUGUAACUAUUGAAUUAGAAUUUGCAACGCAUUUCUAACACUUAUACUUAUCUAGAAACAAAAAAGAUUGCGGAAAACUAAUAAAAUCAAAUUCAAAUACAAAUAUUUUACAUUUAUAAAUAUUUCUGGUCGCAUUCGACCGUUGCUUACACCCCCUGUUGAAAGAGAAGAAGAAAAGGGUGUAGGUACGAUGUUGUUGUGCGUUUGGAGUACGCGUGUCCUGUUGAAAAUCAUGUUUCGAUUAUAGAGAAAAAAAAGUCCAUCGUGGAAAACGUUUUUCAAUAAACUGUGGACAUAUUUGAUGAAAA